AUGUCUCCUCCCGCGAUGGCUCCAGCUCUGGGCUCCGCCACUAAAGAAUAUAAAAAAGAAUCCGGCACAGCGAGAUUAUUGGGAUCUGGCUCGGCUGGUGUUGCAGAGCUCUUGGUCUUCCAUCCUGUGGACACAAUCGCCAAACGGCUGAUGAGCAACUCUAGCAAAGUGACAUCGGUUUCGGCUUUCAACAGUGUCAUCUUCCGCGAAUAUGCCUCGGCUCCCCUUGGCACCAAGUUUACCUCUCUCUUCCCCGGUCUGGGAUAUGCGGCCGGAUACAAGAUUCUGCAGCGGAUAUACAAAUAUGGUGGCCAGCCAUUUGUGCGCGACUACCUGACCAAGCACCAUGCGCAAGAUUUCGACAAUGCGUUCGGCAAAGGCACUGGCAAGGCCAUCCUGAACGCCACGGCCGGUUCGCUGAUCGGCAUUGGCGAGAUCAUCCUUCUCCCGCUCGAUGUGUUGAAGAUCAAACGACAGACCAACCCGGAAGCAUUCCGGUCGCGAGGCUUUUUCCGCAUCGUCGCCGACGAGGGUAUGGGGCUCUAUCGCGGUGCUGGAUGGACGGCUGCCCGUAACGCCCCUGGCUCGUUUGCGCUGUUCGGUGGUUCGGCUUGGGCCAAAGAGAAGUUGUUCAAGCUUGAAGACUACAACAAAGCCACCUGGGGGCAGAACUUUGUGGCUUCGGUUGCGGGUGCCUCGGCCAGUUUGAUCGUGUCGGCUCCAUUGGAUGUGAUCAAGACGCGCAUUCAAAACAGGAACUUUGAGAACCCGGAAUCUGGAUUCAGAAUUGUGGGCAGCAUGAUGAAGAAUGAAGGCAUCACGGCUUUCUUCAAGGGUUUGACGCCAAAGAUGCUCAUGACUGGGCCCAAGUUGGUUUUCAGCUUCUGGCUGGCUCAGACUCUCAUUCCGGCCUUUGGCAAGAUCGUGUAA